GACGCCUAUCUGGAAGUUCCCCAGUCUGAAAUACCACCAGGACAUGACCUGGCAACUAUCCACCCCAUGGGCGAGACCAAUAUUGGUACAAAUGCCAAAAAUAGUGGGGAAACCGCUGAAUCGGGCGUGGAAAGUGCCAAAUGUAGCACAAGAGAAAAGGCGAAUACUACUACAACUCGGGGUAAAACUGGGGCUAGCAAAGGACACACAUCUUCGAGUGAGACUAAGGACGACCCAGACACAGACACAGAGAUGGAGGGCUCUGAACAGCCCCCACUAAACAUCCGUGAUACGGAGAUGUCGGAUGCUGACGCCGAAGUAGAACCGUCACCUCCACAGCAAAAGAACAAUGAGCCUAUGUAUCGAAUCGACUACAACUUCGACAGCCUCGCAGAACUGUAUAGCUACUGGAGCGAACUGCACAUGAUGUCGGAGAAGGCCACAACCCACACCAUACCUACCAAAGCGGCAAUGUCCAAGGUGAUAUCAGUGGGAGGGUUGCCGUUGAGCUUGCGCCUAAACCUUCCCGGAGAGUAA